UCACCUCCAAAUAUUUUUUGUGUAAAUUUGUGAAAAUUUAAAAAAAAACUUAUUAAAAAUGGUUCCCGAAGAAAACCCUCCAUGUGCUGAAGUAUUCAAACCUGCAGAAUCCAAUCCUUCUGGAUUGCCAGUUAAGGAUUCUAUAGAAAGAAGGAAAUUAAGAAGUUGGCUCAGUAAAAACUUCCGAAUCAAGAUGACAGACAAUAGAAUUCUCAUUGGAGUAUUUUUGUGUACUGAUAGAGAUGCAAACAUCAUUCUGGGCAUUUGUUCUGAAUUCAGAGACGAAGAAGAGCGAUUUUUAGGCUCGGUAAUUGUUCCUAAGAAACACAUAGUCAGUAUAGAAGUGGAUACAAAAGAAAUGGAAGAUCAAGAAAUUAUGUAGAAUUCUAAUAAUUAUCUAAGUUUAUUACAUUUAUUUAAAUAAUAAAAACCCAUUUGAUUUG